UGCGGGAAUAGGGCGCCUCUUUCUCCCAGCGGGUGUCUGAAGGAUGGAUGGGUGCAUAUGCAUUGUUUUAUUGCGUCGCUUCACUCGGUGCAGGGCUGGCCGGCCGACUCCUCUCUCUCUCUGACUGUGUGUCUGUGUUAUGCGCUUUUCCUCUCCCCGUCUUCAUUCAUUCUGCCUUCUCGUCUCUUGUCCCUUCUCCUCGUCUCUCGCUUGCCGUUAGAGCCGCUGGCAUUGGCCCAAUGGGACUUGGAAUGACGGCAGCAAAGCACCUGUCGGGUGGGCCAAAUUUGCUUUGCGUGUCAUGCUAUGCCUAGUUGAUGCCAUUUCCCCGGGGUGGACAGCAAAGCUUGGCAUCUGCCGUCGCUGCAGAGCGUGUGCCUGGCUCGAACUGAUUAGUCGCGGGCCUUGGCUAAUAGCGCUUGG